GCAUUGUGCUUUGGCUUUGAGCCUUUCGAUGAAUUUGUCUUUCUAAGAAAAAGAAAAAGUUUGUUGGUCUGGACCAAUUUACAAAAGUAUAGAAAACUAAAGAACCAUACCCAUUUGCCACAAAAAAGAAAGAAAAGAAACCAUACCCAUUACUCAAAUUCAAGCUUGGAAAAUAUAACUUGUGUGCCUGUGAAAUUCACUAUCCCUGAAGUCUGAAUCCUCAAUUUCAGCUCCAAUGGCGUCCAAGUUUAAAAAAGAAGAAGAAGAAAAAAGAGUGCUUUACAAUAAUAUUCCUUGUGAUUUUGUUGAGGACAUUCUUUCCAGACUUGAUGCCAAAUCUCUUAAACGGUGCGAGUGCGUCUCUAAAACUUGGCUCUCUCUGCUACAGACCCCGUAUUUCAUCAAUCUCCACCUCCGGCGUCAACUACCUCGUGUAGUUUUCCUCCAUAAAAGGGUUAGAAGGUUCGCUCCCACUUUAUCCAUUUGUGAUUGUGAAAAUUUUGCUGAGAUUUCUUCCCACAAAUUUCCCUUUAUUGAGAUCGAUUGUAGACCGCCAUCAUUUAUGGGCAGUGAUAAUGGUGUAUUAGGCCUUUUUGACUUGGAUAAUAGCAGCGCUUACUUAUGGAACCCCACCAUUAACGAGUUUAAAGAACUGCCCCCUUCUCCUCAGUGUCGACAUAAAAAUUCUGCACUUGGGCUUGGCUAUGACCCCUUGACCACUGAUUUCAAAGUGGUAAAGGUCUCAUCUCGAGACAAGGAUCGUGUUUUCGGCAGUCGUAAUGGGUUUAAAGAGGGUUGCCAAGUUGGGAUUUAUAGUUUGAGAAGCAAUUCAUGGAAAGCAAUGUUAAUGCCCAACAUAUUUUCAGAAUUAGAAUCAUCUACUUCUAUUAUAACUGUUUAUACUUCUCUGGGUUGCUCCAUUGUUGUUAAUGAGUGUAUUCAUUGGAUAAUUUUAUAUGGAAAUACAACUUAUUAUCACCAACCAUCUUUAGGAAUAGUUGCUUUUGAUACAAGUUUGGAGAAAUUUAAGCUAAUAGAGUCACCUCAAUUUCCUCAUAUUGAAAAUGGAUCUAAUAUUAGAAAGCUAAAGCUGGCUAACUUUUCUGGGUGUCUUUCUCUUUUCACUUUGGAUGAAGUCACAGUAGUUGAGAUUUGGGUUAUGAAGAAGUAUGGUGACUCAGAUUCUUGGUUCAAAUAUUUAUCAGUCAAUUUAAGCAAUCUUCUUUCAAGUGGGGUUGGUCAACAUUCUGACUGUUUUGGAGUAGAUUUUCUGAGCAAUGGGAUUCUUGUAAUUUCUUGGACUGAAACUGAUUAUUGGUUUUGGUAUGAUACCAAGAGUAAGAGACUUGUAAAUACGUUACCAAGAUCUGGUAUGCCGGACUUCAUUUCAUAUAUUGAGAGUACUUACAAGUUAAAGGCCUAAUGGGGUGAGAAUGGAUCAUGCAUCUCUGCUUUGUGGGGUAGUACUAGCAGUAUGAGAGUUCGAAUGUCCAUAUGAAUUUGUGAUGUUGGCUGCAAAUUCUGCAAUAAGCUACAAAUCUGUUACAUUUUAUUGUUUUUAUAACUGAUGACACUUGCUGGUUGCUAAUGGUUUUUUGGACAGCUAUUUCUGAUCCUUUGAGUGCCCAAUCACAUGAGCUUAACUCUAUGGUUAGCCUCUAGCUAGUACCUUGGGAUGCUUGUAUGGUCUUGACUCGCUCACAAUUGUUAGGUGACUAUCUCCAAAAGUGUACUCUUUACUGUUUAGAAUGGUUAAUGAGUUUGUAUUUAUUAAUUUCCCUGUUUGUGAGCGUGUCUUUUGAGUGCCAAGCUCUUUGUUUGUCUGUGAGCAUGGGAGAGGGGUACUUUAAUUUGGCUUAUCCAAUCUCGUAGUUUGCUUAGCCUGAAACCUAAAUUCUGUCCUUUCUUUAUCACUAAUUUUGAUAAUAUUGGCACCCUA